UCCAUACUGCUCUAUCUGAGAAGACGUUCAAAACAUGGCUGUUGGUUGAUUAAUAAUCAGCUGUGGAUGCUAACUAGCAUCUUUGCUGAUUUCAAUUUUGAAUAAUAAAUGCGUCCCAAAUGCAAAAUAUGAAACUUCAUAAGCUUUACUCUGUGCAUAUAUUUAGAACCUAUUACCUUCCAUAAUUAUCAUACAAUGAUGUUUCAUUAUAGUAUUGACAUCGUCGUCAUAUUUAUCGUAUUUUAUAAUUUCGGCAGUUUGACGUUUAGUGAAUGCCAACUUGUUAUUAAUGUAAAAAAUCAAGGUGGUGACAUUGUUCAAGAAUCAAUUACUUCAAAUAUAACUGAUGACACAAUAACUUUAGAAUUCCAACGUCCAGAGGGGACAUUGAUAACACAAUUUGUAGAUUUUAAAUCGGAAGUACAAAUCUUCCGGAUUCUAGUUUUAGGAGAGGAGGAGAGGGGCCAGAGUCAAUACCAAGUUCUAUGUUUUGUGACACAGUUGACCAAGAAUGAUUUUAUUUCUGCAGAUGCCAUGUCUAAACUUAGACAGCGUAAUCCUGGAGCAGUAAGGCAACCAGAAGAAGACAGAGGUAAAGAAAAUCUGGAAAUGGAUUUGAGCGUGGAACUUGAGAAGUCUUCCGUCAUUUCCCCACAUCUUCCAAAUAUUUGUGAUGAAGCUUCGAAUUCUGCUUUUGCCAGAGAAAUAGAUUUAAGAGCCUGGGCAAGUCCUAAAGCUUUGAGUAGAGACAUUGUCACCUUGACUUCUGCCGUAAAACGUUCACCACCUCCUAAGCCCGUCCGUUGCAAUGAAAACACCAACCUGUGGCAACCCUGCCAGUGCCGGCUAGAAAUAUGUGUCGGUUGGUAUCCAUGUGGCCUAAAGUACUGUCGUGGGAAAGAUUCCUCUGGUAAAGCCAUUAGUUAUAGGUGUGGGAUCAAAACUUGCCGUAAAUGCCGCUCAUUUGAGUUUUUUGUACAACAGAAACAACAGUGUUUAUGGGAUGAGUAAUGUUGAGCUACUAAAUAUAUAGACUUGACUAAUUCAUCAUUAAUGUUUUGCUUGUUUGUCUGAACUCAGCUAAGAUAUGCAGAGCUGCCAUUAAAAUUUGUAGUUUAUAGUAAAUCCAUUUCAUCAUGUGAGAUUCUGAUUGAUUCUCUGAGUUUGAUGCUUAUGUAUUAUCUAUUCAUCUGAACAAGACUAACUGGAAUCUGUGAAGUAUAGGUAUUAUUAAUGAAGAAGGGGUUAUUUAAAAAAAUAAUAAACAACCAAUAAAUUUUGUUUAUUUAUUUAAUGUUGUAUUAGGCAAAAAUAAGUUUUAAAAUAUUUCAAAUAU